UUCCCCUCUUCUCUGCUGAUGUUGCUGCACUAGAAAUGUGAUCGUUUACAUUCAGGGUUUCCGUUUCUUUCUUUUUUUAUUUAGUAUUCGUAGCCUCUCCCGGAAGUCGCCAUGAAGACCAGGUUCACCACCCAGGACAUCAGAGCGGUUAUCGCAGAGAUCAACGCCAACUACAUGGGCAUGAGAGUAAACAACGUGUACGACAUCGACAACAAGACGUAUCUCAUCCGGUUGCAGAAACCUGACAGCAAAGCUAUUAUUCUCAUUGAAUCCGGGACUCGGAUUCACUCGACAGACUUCGAAUGGCCCAAGAACAUGAUGCCUUCAGGCUUCGCAAUGAAAUGUCGAAAGCACCUGAGGUCACGUCGGCUGACCGAGGUCAAGCAGCUCGGCAUCGACAGGAUCGUGGACCUCCAGUUUGGUUCAGAUGAAGCCGCCUACCACCUGAUUGUUGAGCUAUAUGACAGGGGCAACGUCAUACUUGCAGACCAUGAGUACACCAUCCUGAACCUGCUGCGCUUUCGCACUGCGGAGGUAGAAGAUGUCAAGAUUGCUGUGAGAGAGCGGUACCCUGUGGAGAACGCCAGGCCCCCUGAGCCCCUCAUCAGUCUGGAGCGACUCACUGAACUUCUCAGCAAUGCAACAAAUGGGGACCAAGUGAAAAGGGUCCUGAAUCCUCACCUCCCUUACGGAGCCACUCUGAUAGAACACAGCUUGAUAGAAGUGGGACUGUCCGGCUCCGUCAAAGUUGACAGCCAAGUUGACGCUGCCCAAGUUGCACCGAAAAUCCUGGAGGCCAUGCAGGUUGCAGAAACCUACAUGGAAAAAACGGCGAACUUCAGCGGCAAAGGUUACAUCAUUCAAAAGAGUGACAAGAAACCAAGCCUGACUCCUGGCAAACCCCCCGAAGAACUGCUCACAUAUGAUGAAUUCCAUCCAUUCCUCUUCGCCCAGCAUGCAAAGAGCCCUUACCUGGAGUUUGACACGUUUGACAAGGCAGUGGACGAGUUCUUCUCUAAGAUGGAGAGCCAGAAGAUCGACAUGAAGGCCUUACACCAGGAGAAACAGGCUAUGAAGAAGUUGGAAAAUGUGAAGCGAGACCACGAGCAGAGGCUGGAGGCUUUGCACGAAGUUCAGGAGGUGGACAGAGUAAAAGGUGAACUGGUGGAGAUGAACCUGGCCGUGGUGGAGAGGGCGCUGCAGGUGGUGCGCAGUGCUUUGGCCAAUCAGGUGGACUGGACUGAGAUCGGCACUAUCGUCAAGGAAGCGCAGGAUGCUGGAGACCCCGUGGCGUCGGCCAUUAAGGAGCUGAAGCUGCAGACCAACCACAUCACCAUGCUUUUGAAGAAUCCAUAUAUUUCUGAGGAAGACCCGGAAGAGGAAGUAAAGAAAGAUGUGGUGGAGGAGAAAGGGAAGAGGAACAAGAACAAAGACAAAGGACAGAGCAAGAAGCUGCAGAAGAACAAGCCCAUGUUGGUGGACGUGGACCUCGGCCUGUCGGCGUACGCCAAUGCCAAACGGUACUACGACUACAAACGCACUGCUGAAAAGAAAGAACAGAAAACCAUGGAAGCAGUUGGCAAGGCCAUGAAAUCUGCAGAGAAGAAAACGCAGCAAACCCUGAAGGAGGUCCAGACGGUGACCACCAUCCAGAAGGCCAGGAAAAUCUACUGGUUUGAGAAGUUCCUCUGGUUCAUCAGCUCGGAGAACUACCUCAUCAUCGCAGGAAGGGACCAGCAGCAGAACGAGAUCAUCGUCAAACGCUACCUCCGGGCCGGUGAUGUCUACAUUCACGCUGACCUCCACGGAGCCACUAGCUGCAUCAUCAAGAACACUACAGGUGUUCCCAUCCCUCCUCGCACCCUGACUGAGGCCGGCACCAUGUCCGUGUGCUACAGCGCUGCCUGGGACGCCAAGAUCAUCACCAGCGCCUGGUGGGUCCAUAGUCAUCAGGUGUCUAAGACGGCUCCAACUGGAGAAUACCUGACCACUGGAAGUUUCAUGAUCAGAGGGAAGAAAAACUUCCUGCCUCCUUCGUACUUGAUCAUGGGCUUUGGAUUCCUCUUCAAGGUGGAUGAACAGAGCGUGUUUCGGCACAAAGGGGAAAGAAAGGUGAAAACUGUAGAAGAAGAUAUGGAUGAAGUCAGGUCCAGAACUGCGGAGCUGUUGGAGGAGGGAGAGGAGCUGAUAGGGGACGACAGCAGCAACGAAGAUCAGGGCGAGGAAAGAGCCGAAGGAGACGGAGAGAACAAGAAGGUGAAAAAGGAGGAGGGAGACGAAGAGGAAGAGGAGGAAGGCAGGGAAAAGGAGACAGAGGACGGAGAAUUCAGCUUUCCGGAUACGACCAUCUCCCUCACUCACUUACAGCCCAGCAGAAAUGUUCAAAACCCAGGCUUCAAAAAGGAAGCAACCACUCAGUCAUUCAUUUCUAUUCAGUCUGAUGUGGACUCACAGCUGAAGAAACACACGGCUGCCAAGCAGAGGAGAGAAGAGAAGAAGAAACCGAAACAGGAGGGUUGUGACGCCGAGGAAAAGGCCGACAUUUCAACUGGUGGAUCCGCAGCCGACCAGGGGCCCAAAGGUGCGGUCGGCCCCUCAGUCGGCCCCGCAGGAGGCCUCUCACAGCAGCCGCUGAAGAGAGGUCAGAAGAACAAACUGAAGAAGAUAAAAGAAAAGUACAAGGAUCAGGAUGAAGAGGACAGGGAGCUGAUGAUGCAGCUGCUCGGGUCCGCCGGUUCCACCAAGGAGGAGAAGGAUAAGGGGAAGAAAGGAAAGAAGGGGAAAGGUAAAGAUGAACCCAUCAGGAAACCGCCGCCUCAGAAACAACCUCAGAAACCUCGUAACACGGAAAUGGCAGCAAGCAAAGCUGAGCACGUGGAAGGAGAGGAGGGCGGGGAAGGAGGUCCUGCUGAACAGGAAGACAAGGAGGACGAGGCAGACCAGGACAACCCUGGCGCUGAGGAAGCAGAGAACCUGCUCACCUCUCUGUCCGGGCAGCCCCAUCCAGAGGACGUGCUGCUGUUUGCUGUGCCCGUCUGUGCUCCCUACACGGCCCUCUCCAACUACAAACACAAGGUUAAACUAACACCAGGUUCUCAGAAGAAAGGAAAAGCUGCACGUACGGCUGUUCUGAGCUUCAUGAAAGCCAAAGAGGCCUCAACCAGAGAAAAGGACCUGUUCCGCAGCGUCAAGGACUCUGACCUCUUCAGGAACAUGCCUGGGAAAGUUAAAGUGUCUGCUCCAAACCUGUUGGCUGCUAAGAAGAAAUAAGAGACGGGUGAACAGACGUGAUGGACUUAAAGUAUUUCAUCGACACAGAACUUCACACUUUGACUCAUUUCAGUUCAACUCCGCCAAAGUCAUCGUCGUGAGGUUCUACUGGUUAAAAUCUGCGGUGACCUUGUUUCAAUAUGGAUAAUUUUAUUUUUUAAAUUGAUUUGUAUUGUUGCCUAUCAUGUUUGAAAUGAAAGCCUGUAAAUUAACAAAGAUGAGUAACAGAAA